GUUGCUUGUCUGCAAGCACAUUUCAGAACUGACUUUCAGAGUAACUCGACAGUGUGCAGUGUUGAUACAACUUCAAAAUGCCUGAUCCUUGCUGUAAAGAGAAAUGCGUUUGUGCCGAGGGUGGCUGCACGAAGGGCUGCAAGUGCACAAGCUGCAAAUGCGCCCCGUGUGAGAAAUGCUCGUCUGGCUGCGCGUGUUCAUCCAAGGAGAAGUGCGCGACGAGAUGCACGAAGCCAUGCAGCUGUUGCCCAUAGACGUAUGAUUCGACUGCUGCAUUCUGCAUGACUAAGCAAGGGAAAUAUUAAUUCUUCUGUUUUGUUUCUCGUAUGUUAUGACUGAAUUAUUGGAAUGUUUGCCUAAAUGAAAGAAUGUGAAAAGGUGGUUUUUAAUUCUCAUUCUAUAUAUAAAAUGUCGGCAUUCCUGCCACAAAUAUUAUAUAUAAAUGAGUAUAGAAUUCGUUCAGUUUUAAACAUUAUGAGAUUGGAAUACGAAACUUCAUCAGACUUGAAUCUGUCUUUUUCUACAUUCUCUCUUGUAUAAAAAUAAAAUGUCUAUCCAUCUA